AUGGGAUACACAUCACACUUACUAAUCUCACCUCAAGGGCAUGGAGGAGGUGGCCUGGCACUUUUCUGGAGCCAAGGCUUAGAGAGAGAGACACUCCGAACCUGCAAAAAUUACAUAGACACCAAAAUCAAGGCGGAGGGGAAAAGCUUCUAUACCACUUUCGUGUAUGGAGAACCAGAUCAAUCGCAGAGAAGGGGAGUUUGGAAUGAAAUCAGAGAGCAUGUAGGAGAUCGCGCAGAACCUUGGCUCUUGACUGGUGAUUUCAACGAGAUAAUAAACUCCACGGAGAAGAAAGGAGGGCCACCACGACCGGAGGGCUCUUUUGAAGACUUUCGCACCUUCAUGUCAGAAGGAGAUCUUUAUGACCUACGAUACUCUGGGAACUUCCUGUCAUGGAGGGGACAAAGAGGGAACUACCUAGUCAGAUGUAGACUAGACAGAGCUAUGUCGAAUAGUAGUUGGGCAGAGGAGUACCCAUCAGGAAGAAGCGAAUACCUGAAGUUCGAGGGAUCGGACCACAGGCCAAUUGUCACAAUCUUCGACCCACUCAGGAAGAGAAAGAAAGGAUUGUUUCGCUACGACAGACGGCUGAGAAACAAUGAGGAGGUUCAGAGCCUAGUCUUCAAAGCCUGGAACACAUCUGCAACAGAUGCAGUGGAGACCAAAAUUACAAGAUGUAGAAGCGCAAUAAUCAAAUGGAAUAAAGAAAAGCAUCUAAACAGCAAGAAACUAAUAGAAGACUGCCGGAAUAAACUGGAGGAGGCAAUUGUAAGUCCUCACCCAAACCCAGAUUUGAUCUCAAGCAUCAACGCUGAACUCCAAGAAGCCUACAAAGAAGAAGAGGGAUUUUGGAAACAGAGAAGUAGACAACUCUGGUUAGCUUUGGGAGAAAAGAAUACAGAAUUCUUCCACGCAGUAACGAAGGGAAGGAAGGCAAUAAACAAAUUCUCUGUGAUAGAAGACGAAAAUAACAACCCAGUUUUCGAAGAAGGAAAGAUCACGGAAGUGAUAACAAAAUUCUAUCAAACCCUAUUUACCUCGGAGGGGGGAACGAGCCACGAUACGGUGUGGGAAGCUCUAAAGCCUUGCAUCUCGGAAGAGGUAAAUCAGUCACUGAUAAAGAUCCCUACAGCAGAGGAGAUUAGAGCGGCAUGCUUCUCUAUUCAUCCAGGGAAGGCUCCAGGCCCUGAUGGCUUCUCAGCAUGCUUCUUUCAGUCUAACUGGGCCACUGUGGGAGGGAAACUCGUUGAGGAGAUUCAACAGUUCUUCAUCUCUGGAGACCUGCCAAGGAACAUCAAUCGCACACAUGUGAGGCUCAUACCAAAAAUCCCAAGCCCCAAGAAGGUGGCAGAUUAUAGGCCUAUAGCUCUUUGUAACGUUUAUUUCAAAAUCAUCUCGAAGAUUCUGACCUUCCGUCUACAACCUGUACUCAAUGAUAUCGUUACGGAGAACCAAUCUGCGUUCGUACCACAAAGAGCUAUCUCCGAUAAUGUCCUUAUCACACAUGAAACUCUCCACUACCUGAAGACAUCAAAAGCAAAGAAGAGAUGUUACAUGGCUGUAAAGACGGAUAUGAGCAAGGCUUAUGACAGGAUAGAAUGGGAUUUUGUCAAAGCUGGAUAUGUGCAACCCAGCAGAGGCCUACGCCAAGGAGAUCCUCUAUCGCCAUAUAUCUUCAUACUCUGCAGUGAAGUUCUAUCAGGCUUGUGUAACAAUGCUGAACAGAAUGGAACCCUUCCUGGCAUCAAAGUCGCAAAAAGGAGCCUGAGAGUAAACCAUUUACUCUUCGCAGAUGAUACGAUGUUCUUCUGUAGAUCAGACCCCCACAGCUGUGAUGAACUCAUGAGGAUCAUCCACAAGUAUGAGACCGCCUCGGGACAGAAAAUAAAUAAAGAGAAGUCAGCCAUAACAUUCUCCUCAAAGACAGCGGCAAGCACAAAGGACAGAGUAAAGAUAAGAUUGGGGAUCCAGAAAGAAGGUGGUUUGGGAAAGUACUUAGGCUUACCGGAACACUUUGGCAGGAGGAAAAAGGACCUAUUCAGUAUGAUUGUGGACCGGAUCAAACAGAAGUCGCAUAGUUGGUCUUCUCGGCUCCUCUCUCAAGCGGGACGCCUUGUUAUGCUAAAGUCCGUGCUUGCGGCGAUGCCAACCUACACGAUGACAUGCUUUAAGUUACCAACCUCGAUGUAUAAGCGUAUCCAAUCAACUCUCACCAGAUUCUGGUGGGACGGAGCCCAAGAGAACAGAAAGAUGAGUUGGAUAUCAUGGACAAAGAUGAUAAAAUCAAAAAGAGAUGGAGGGCUAGGAUUAAGGGACUUACAGCACUUCAAUGACGCUCUCCUGGCAAAAAUAAGUUGGCGGAUCCUCCAAAAUCCCACAUGUCUACUUGCACGAGUCCUCCUAAACAAAUAUUGCCACGACAAGAGUUUCUUGGACAGUGUACCUCCUAACUCAGCCUCGCAUGGAUGGAGAGGGAUAUGCAUAGGCAAGGAGCUUCUUAAACCAAACUUAGGAAAAGCAAUAGGAGAUGGAGCCACGACAAGCCUCUGGUCUGAACCUUGGCUCUCACUUGACCAACAAGAUACACCAAUGGGACCUCCCACGGAACAAACGAAAGAUCUACUAGUGUCAUGCCUCAUCUCACCUGCAACGGGACAAUGA